AACAGAACUCAUUUAACAGUCAUUAAACAAUAAAGCUACUGUAAACCAGCACAAAUUAAUCAGAAAAAAUGAUGAAUAAAAUUGUGAUUAUUGCACUUUUCGCACUUAUUACCAUCGUCAAUUGUGGAGUUCUGCCAGCUGCGUAUAUCAGCCCAUUCGCAUCAACAUACAAUGCACAUACAAUCAAUCACGCUGUUGCAGCUCCAGUCGUUGCAGCACCAGCUGCUAAGUUAUUAGCUUCGCCUUAUGCUUUGCCUUACAGUCUGCCCUACUCUUCACCAUACGCCUACUCGCCGUAUGCAUUUCCAUCGAACUACUAUCUCUAGACAUUCACCAUUUAAAUUUUUCCACAAAUUAUUUGUCGAUGAAACAACGUGAACAAAAGAAAUAAAAAAUAUGAAAAAGAAUUUAAAUACAAAUAAAUAAAGUUUCUACUUUUUGAUUAUAUCAGCAAAUCUUUUCUCAGAGCCAAC